AUGUUCGUGGUCUUUGGCUUCGAAUUCUGUUACCCAACAUAUGAUUGCAGUUCGUGCUCCUUGCCAGAUGGUGCUAUCACCGUAGCCACCAGCAAUGCCGUCAUAACCAGAGCUCUGCUGUUAUUGCUGGAUAUCCUAUCGCGGUUGGAGAGGAAAGAUGCGCUCGACCACGACCAGUCACCAAGUGAUUUCCAACACUGGUUUCAGCACCUAUUUUCUCUGCGGGAAUGCCAUCCUUACAAUCCGUUUCCCCCAGGGAAACGGCUCAAGGAACGAUUUAGCGACUGGUUCGGUUUUGUUGACAGCCAGUUUUCCAUCAAGCAUAACACUGAUGAGACACAUUGCAUUCGUAACGGUGCGCUGAGAUACUCGGAUUGUCCCGAUGGGGCAAGGCAACACUACGGCUGUGUGGAAACUUGUUGGGCCUCAACUACAGGAUUGCUCCCCGUCAUGGAACCCGUCGCAAACGCAAGACAUUCCCAAGGGUCGAGAUCGUCACUGGCCUCGCUUUUCGGCGGCAGUGUUAUUGAAAGCUAUCUUCGAAUGUUGUCAGUAAAGUCAUCACAGAAAGUUUUGUCUGUUUGGAGGAUAUGCGGGCUCAAAAAGCUUGUUAAGACUGGUUUCCCGAGUACGCUUAGGCGGCUCAGUAUAUUCAAAGACUUUGACCGACGACAUGAAAGUUUCACAAGGCCAUCGAGAUUAGCCCUGGGCCGCGUCCUCAAGAAAGCAAGCCGCGAACUUGAAGUUCUGGCCGAAGCGGAGGUUUUCUUUGAAAAGUCCCCUAAACUUCGGUAUGGACCAGAACUGUCCCCUCAGAGGCCCAAUCUUCGUCGCCUCGCGCUGACCACAGCCGAACUUCAUCCCGAGAAACUCAAUAGCACAAUGAACAGGUUCCUUGGACUACCCAUCCAAGCGGUCAGCUGGAUGCCAAAGUUGGCGAUAAUGGAGAUUGGGAAUAGCGAGGAGUGGACCGAAGAAAAGGGACAUGCCUAUAUUUUUCGCUACAACUUCAACGAGAGGGAUGGACCGAUGGUAACGUGGUCUAGCACUUGGCCAGCCGAAAAGGGGCUCGUGCUGAGCCCGGAUUUGAUUCAAAAGUGGCAGGUUAUAACGUCGCAUACCAGUCACCAGCUUAAAGUUGAGAGAAAGCCUUUGGUCGGUGUAGGACUGGAAUGGCCCUACCAACUAUCGUGUGUCCAUGUGGCUGUCGUCCCCUGGCUUCUUCUCAAGAAGGACGUUCUAAGCGGAUUGUCCAGAUUUCAGUUCAUCAGCGAGUCGCACUCACGCUUUCGGGAUAGGGAGUUGUGUUGA